GUCUGUGAAAGCUUCACAUUAAAACAUGCAACUGGUCACCAAACUGAGUCCACGAUGUCUUUCAUCGACAUCUCUUCGCGCUGGUUGCAGGAGUUAUGCUAUCGUCGGGACGACCACUUUCAUCGGUAAACCGCCAAAGUUACCAGCCAAUGCAGACACUCCAGCUCCUCCGCUGCCAACUCCUUCCGGUCUAAACAAGCGCAUUCUAUCAGCUCUUGAUGGCAAGAGUCCUUCCCUGCCUACACUCAUCGACCAGUAUACCGACCACUCUGGGACCGUGCUUGAUGUUUCCUUACCUUAUGAAUCAAGACCGUCGAGUCAGAGACGGACCAAAUUCGAUGCUUCUGAUGAUUCAGACGUUAUCAUGGUUGCACACGCCGUACAGAAUGGCGCACAACAUAAAGUAACAGUGUGUUCAGGGUUCGCACUUGAUGUCGCUCGUGAGGAGGAGCAACCAUCGGAAGAGACUCUGAUUGUUACUUGCGCGCAUACGUUGGAAGAGAUUCGCCAUUCCCCUGUCCUGACCACCCUACCCCCGAGUCCAAUUCUUACCACAUCCAGCUCUUCAAAGUCAGGCUCUCUUAUCAUAUCAGGAACGUCUGAAUCACUUGCUUUUCAUCCUGUCACCUCUGUCCCUUCAGCAUUACACCGAGCAGAUCUACUCCUUCUCUCAACCUCGAAGUCUGCUGUGAGCAGCGGUAUCCGCACGCUUCCAAUCUCUCCUUAUCCUGCUCAACCCGGUGCAUCUAUUCGCGCUCACUUCAUAGUCGACAAACAACCAAACGAAGAAGGCUGGAGACCCUGGAUCGGUGGUACGUGGAGUAAAUGGGUGAAGGGUACUGUGCUAGGGUAUCGUGACUUUGCAGGUCGAGAAGCACAUCCUGGUACAUAUGAUGCAUUGACGCAUCUUUUGUUCAAACCGCUGCCUACCCCUGGGUCAAGUGGUGGUCCUAUAAUUGAUGAAGAAAGCGGAGCUGUGGUCGGGGUAGUUCUUGGGUCGCGGAUGGACAAUAGCAUUGAAGGCGUGCGCGGCUGGGGCGUACCAUCUGAGACAAUCUUUGAGAUGUUCAGCUUGCCGGGGUUACAACUUAAGAACAAGAGCUAAGAUUGCUGUUGUUCACAGUCCGUGUAUCAAAAUACGCUACUCCGUCAUAAUCUAUAGACAAGCAUUCCGAGGGCUUUGCGGCAUAAAAGGAGAGGGGUGAAAGCGAGCCAUGGAUGCAGGGGAACCGUCUGAUCGGAUUUCAGGAUUUCGGCUCUUACCAAACGUAUACGGCAGUGUGUCAAGAGCUUGUUGCUCGUUGCAUUCAGCGUAGUUCUAUCUUUAGGUGCCCAUCCCCUCACAACAUGGAAUACCACAUUGUCUCGAUCACGAGAUGCCGGCUAAUGAUGUAAUUCACCGAAAUCAGGAGGGGCAACUAACUGUCAUGCAGCGUCAAGUGCAGCGUUCUCGACGUCAAGCUACUCUACCCUGGCUACUAUAAAUUACUAUCCUCACCUUC